AUGCAGAACGGCAUGAUAUCAAAUGAGUCCCUCGCCGCUAGUUCCAGUUAUGACCAGAGCGUGUCUCCACUAAGUUCAAGAAUUAGAACAGAGAUACGAGGUGGAGCUUGGUGUCCUAAUGGUUUGAUAUCCCCUCGAAGUCGUCAAUACUUGGAAAUAGAUUUACACGAUGAAUACCUGAUCACUGCAACGGAGUCACAGGGCAGGUUCGCCAACUCUGUUGGAGUAGAGUUUGUUGAGAGUUAUUCGGUUGAGUACUGGCGGAACGUUUUGAGCCGUUGGGUCAAAUACAAGGACUUCAACGGCAGCCGUCUAAUUCCAGGCAAUGUCAAUACUUAUACGCCGAGAAAGACCACAUUAGAAGCCCCAUUUGUUGCUUCAAAAGUGAGAUUCUUUCCAUACGCCGCACAUCCUCGAACAGCUUGCAUGCGUGUCGAAAUCUACGGCUGCCGCUGGAAACGUAGGUACAACAAGCGUUAUAUUUAA